UCUGUCAUGCGAGAUAAGGGAUAGGGAUGCAAGUGUUAAAGCCCAGAAGAUGAGGCACCUCUAUGUGGUCUGACUUUUCGAAGGCAGUCAUGCAGAGGGGCGGGAGGGACGCACGGCCACGGCAAGGGGUCCAGGGAGCAGUGGGGAGAGGCGAGCGGCACGAGCCACCGAGGAGGGAGCCUACGCCUGAGUUCGACAAUGAUAACAUAGAGUUUUUCCUGGACGUAUAUCGGGAUCAUGCAACACAGAGAGGGUGGUCAGUGGCGGAGAGGAUCCACCACUUAAGGGGUAUAGGGCGGUUUGAGGAGCCUGUCGCUCAGAUAUGUGAGGAGGCCCUGACUUGGCCGGAUGUGGAGGCCGGGAUGCAGAGGUUGAGAGCUUCCCCUAGAGGGCACGAUGGCAUGCCCAUUCGAUUGGAGGAGGGGAACGCGGAGGAAUUUAUUCCUGCAUAUGAGCACUACAUGUUGAGUAAGGGGAUUGCGCGGGAGGAGUGGGUGCAUGCCCUACUUAUCUGGACAAGGGGGGCAGAGAGGCCGGUGGCCAAACAAAUUCGGGAGAGGGUUCGAGGUUGGGAGGACUGCCAGGCUCAGCUCAGGAAGGCGUUCGGAUUACCACAACACGAGAGGCACGAGCCCUGGGUUGAGAGGCGACGGCGAAGCAAGAGGCCAAGGGAUCCGGCACCGAGAGAGAUGGGGCUGGCCAGAGAGAGGAGGAGAGCCCCAGCACAGCGGGGGAAUGAGCCCGCAGGGCCCGCAUUGGCAGAGGAGUCGUUCCUUGCUUGUGGCCUCCGGGCGGUUGAGUUUCGGCGGAUUACGAGCGAGGAGCUGAGACCUUCCUCACCGUUACCAUCAGCGCAGGAACUAGAUAUACCAAGAGAGACGUCAUUCCGAAGCUUAGCGACUCAUCUUGAUGCAUCUCGAUGGGAGGCCUCACGAUUGGGAGAGGGCUCAGUUGAGUCGACGUGCUAUGUGCCGUUGGAGGAGCCUUUGGACCCCGAGACGGGGACGGACAUGCGAGACCGAGAGGAGCCGCUAGAUCCUGAGAUGGCGGCUGAGCAGCCGGAUCCGGUACGGCCUCAGGGCGGGGAGGUGAUCAUGGUCGGAGACGAUACCCCUACAUGCUCCCCAUUUCUGGGGCCAGCACAACAUUCAUGGCUAGAGGGGAUUCCUGAUCCGGGCAGCGACGAGAUUCCGGAGUCUCCCCCUGAGGCCACCACUAUGCCUGAGCAGGAGGCAGAGGCGGAGGGUCAGGGAGUGUGUGAGAGAGUGAGGAUGGAGGCGCCCCUUGACUUACCAUCAGCCACGCACGUGACCAAGAGCCCAGUUAUCGAGGAGCCCGUUCCAGCGGAGUUACCGCCAGUAGUGCCAUACGCGAGCGAGGGGAUGGGGGCGGAGGCGUCAACUCCAGAGGGCCAGGGGCCGCGAGUGAGAAGAACCUCAAGAGAGACCGGCGAAGAGAAGUCCGCCCGAGUGCGGGUCCGUCUGGAUGAAAUACAUACGAGGCAGGCUGAGAUGGAGGCAGCAAGAAUAGAGCCGACACUGCCGAUCGAGCCCAAGACGAGCGAGCAGAGGAUCGACGAGUUGUGGGCUAGGUAUGAAAGCCAGAGGGAGGCAGCCCGCCAAAGGUCACGAGAGACGGGACAGGCAGACGAGGGGGUGGUUACGUCCUUCCAGUGGUAUAAUCUACUCAGCAAUGAGCUCAGGGUCAGAGAGUUGGAGGUGGAGCACCUGACUACUCAGCUUGCCGAGGAGAGGGCGAGGGGCCAGGCCAGAGAGGUUGAGUGGGAGAGGAGAUUUGGGGAGAUGACGGCCGCCGUGGACAAGCUCUCGGCAGCCUGGGAGGCUAGCCAGGCGGAGCGAGCCGGUGCCGAUGGCCAGGGCCGAGGGAUGCAGGCGUCGACGAGCCAGGGAGUAGCAGUGGAGGUCUCUCGACAGGCCGAGCCAAUGGAGGAGGUGCCCUUGGACGCAGUUGAGGAGGAGGGUGGUGCGCAAGAGUCAUUUAUGGCUAUGUCCACGGAGAGGAGAGGUUCACGUUUGCAUGAGCUGGCGGCAGCCAUGGCGAAAGGCACGCCUCAGGAGGAGCUUCAGAGACUCGAUGCUCCAGAGCAUGCCCCGAGGCUGGGAGAGUUAAGGGCGGAGCUGGGCUCCUGGGCCAUGGAGACGGACUCAGGAGGACAUGACCCGGGGCGGCAACAGCAACAGGAGCCAGGAGGUCAUGAGUGAGCCCACCGCCAUGGCGGGCUCUCAACCGUCAGGAGCAUGUGGGGAUGAG